AUACGGGGAGGUAUCGUUCACUUCUUUACGUCUGUCCUGAUCUCCAUCUACUAUCCCGGCCCAUUGUUCGUCUGUCAUCUCUUGAUCCUUGCCAUCACAUCGAAAGUUGGGAAGGAAAAGAGGAACAGAAGAUUAAUUCAAAGGACGUUCUCAAGUCUCGACUCGCCCCCCCGGCAAACGGUUUGAUCUAUCUGGAAACUCGAGUUGGAUUCAAAUCAGUCACAAUUCCACCUCCAGUCCUAGAAAUUCAAGGCGGCGGAUUCCAAGUGAAGGGUACGCUGUAUCGCUUUGGCUUCUGGUUGCUUAGCCUUAACGUAGACCCUCCUUGGGAUACUCACUGAACUUCAAAACGGGUUCUCCCAGCUUCCACGACCGCCUCUUUGCUGGAGCCUCUUGAUAUAUAAAAAGAAACCAUUUUUGUUCUUUAAUUUGACCAUUCAUUAAAUAAAAAAAAUGAAGAUUCCUGCUAAUAAUGCUGUAAGUGUGAUUCAGGAUGGGAGAAAUGCUUGGAAAAUCAUUGAAGAUAUAACAUCAUCGCCGAAUCAGGAGGAUGCGUUUUUUGUGAUGAAUCUCAAAGAUAUCGUGAAACAGUAUGAAGCCUGGGUUAAUACUCUGCCAAAUAUUAAGCCAUAUUAUGCAGUUAAAUGCAAUGAUUCUGAAAUUGUCUUGAAAGUAUUGAGUGCACUCGGAACCAAUUUUGACUGUGCCUCAAAGGGUGAGAUUGGCAAGGUGCUUUCUCUUGGAGUCAAACCAGAGCGUAUAAUAUACGCCAAUCCUGUGAAACAGAUAUCGCAUUUGCGCUAUGCUAAAAGUGUCGGUGUCAACCUCAUGACAUUUGACUCAUGCAGUGAGCUUUAUAAGAUCAGAGAAUACCAUCCGUACGCGAAGCUCGUCCUUAGGAUCUGUGCCGAUGCAGCCGAUUCACAGUGUCCAGCCAUGGGGCUCAAAUUCGGCAUAGCGCCGCAUAUGGCACACACCUUGAUCAAGCUCGCUUCCUCCCUCAAUCUUGACAUCAUAGGGGUGAGCUUCCAUGUCGGAUCAGGUUGCAGAGAAAAUCAAGCAUACAAGAGGGCACUUGAUUAUGCCAAGGACGUUUAUGAACAAUGCAGGAACUAUGGCUUUGACAUUGAGCUUAUUGAUAUUGGGGGUGGAUUUACAAAGGAAUCCUUUGAAAAUAUGUCAUCCUCAGUUCUCGAGGGAAUCUGUGAACACUUCCCUUUUUUCAAAGGUUCUUUUAUUGCCGAGCCAGGGCGCUUCUUUGUCACCAACGCAUACACUCUUGCUACCAGAAUACAUUCAAAGAGAAUUGACAAGUCAUCACAUAUGUACUACAUUAAUGAUGGCCUCUAUGGCUCUUUUAACUGUCUCCUUUUUGACAAAGCAGAAGUCUUGCCUAUACCGUUGAAGAAACACUCAGGACCAAUGCACAAAAGCACAAUCUGGGGACCAACAUGCGACUCGCUUGAUUUGAUCACCCAGAAUUUUCCACUCCCAGAGAUGUCACUUGGAGAUUGGAUAAUAUUUGACAACAUGGGUGCUUACACGAUCACGACUUCAACAAAUUUCAAUGGAUUUGAGCAGCCUAAAGUACACCAUUUUGCUGAUAAAGAGACAUGGGAUCUUCUAAAGGAUAUCAUCCCAGAUAUCUUCACUUUUGAAACAGCGCCAUCCUGGUUUAAAGCAAAUGAGAAAAUAAUCAUGUAAAAGGCAAAAAAAUACUUCUAACAAUAUUUUAACAAUUUUUCCAUAUUAUUUUAUUAUGUUGGGGAUAAGAACAAAAUUGAUUUUAUUUAUAUUUAGAGUCGCCAGCAAAGAGGCACUAAAUUAAUUAUGUAGAUGUAGAGACAGAUAUAAAACAAACAACAAAUAUAUGUGGAUAUGGUUAA